GACUUGGGAGGCCAAUACCUGGGAGGCUUGGGGAGGAAAGAAGCCCUCCAAUAGCUGCAUGUGGGGCAGGACAACCCUGAUUCAGACUCUAGGCUCUCCUUGCCGAGAAAGGAGGCAGUAGUGAAGAGCACCCUGGACGACAUGGGUAGUCCCAACUGACCUUUGAUGAGUGCAAGGAGCUAGGAAAAAGGGCAGGGCACCCAGCGUGCAGGCCCCAUGUCCAGUCAGCUGACUGGAGAUGGACCCCAUGAGGGAUGAUGAUCUCUACAGGGUGACAGGUGAGGGAUGAUUUUGAACAGCAUGGAGACCUCAGGCUACCCCACCCCUUUUCCCUAGAAACUCAACUGCUGGAAAGUACAACCCAAGCUACUUGUGUGUCCUGACUUGCUAGCUUGGAGACUUGAGAACCCANCAUCUCAGAAAGCCUCAGGUGGUGAAGCUGCCCAGUAUACAGAGAUUAGACAGAAAGAGGACUCAAAGGCCUCUUCUGAAUGAAGGGCUACAGGAGGGUAAAUUUCAUUGAGAAAAUGUGUGCCCCAGGCUGAUGAGAGGAAGGUAGAUAAAGCAGAGGCUUAAAGCAUGGAUGGCUUCCACCUGGACAGAAGUGGGCACAGGUCGAGGAGAGAGGAAACAUUCAAAACUGCCUCCAAGGUACUGAUUGGAUGUUAUCUGGGGAACACUGGAAUUUGAAGUCAGUUUUCAGUGGCCUAAGAGAUUCCUAGAACCCCUAUGAAGGUAUGGUCCAACAUCAAGAAUGAUAAACCAUAGGAAAUUCCACUGAAGAGCCCAGGGCUCCAGCUAAGCAGUUUAUCCUCCUACAAUGCCACACGAGCUUCUUAUCCUAGGGAGAUAGAUGGAAAGCGGGGUGAGAGUGGGAGUGUCUGAGGCAGCUAAGGACCAAAGAAAGAACCUUGUUCCCCAAGUACACACCUCUCAUCAGUGCAUACCCCAUUUCUCACACUUCCAGGAGUCUUGUUCUGAGUCCUGGCCAAGUAUUCAGUACUUCAGGCCUAGCACCCUGCAGUCAUCUGGGUAGCAUCUCUACCCAGCUCCCUAGAGGAAGGGAGUAGUCAGAAUAUCUGAUACCCUCCAUACCGACUUGUAGCUCCAGUCCCCUUGGGAGGGGCCAGGAGCCGGAAAUCAAGAAAGAGGAACCCAAGUUUCCGGCUUCUCAGGGACUGAACAGAUAGGGGUGUCUUAGAACCUUCUAUGGAAGGCCCAGCUGCAGUAGCCCUGUCUCUGACUCGGGAUUCUCCACAUGGUAUCUGCCAGGAUCCUAUGCUGCGGUGAGGGUCCAGAGCUGGCACCACAGAAUCUGGGCAACCCCCUCCACUCACCCAUGCCCACCCCACAUGAGGCUGAGAAACAGCACACAGGGCCAGAGGAGGCAGACAGGCCUCCCUCGAUGUCCAGCCAUGACGCAGCCCCCUCAGGACCUCCCAGUCGCAAUCCCUGCUGCUUAUGCUGGUGCUGCUGCUGUAGCUGUUCCUGGAACCAAGAACGGCAACGAGCUUGGCAGGUUUCUCGGGAAAGCAAGCUGCAACCCCUCCCCAGCUGUGAAGUCUGCACUCCACCAAGCCCUGAGGAAGUACAGAGCUGGGCACAGUCCUUUGACAAGUUGAUGCAUAGCCCCACGGGCCGCAGUGUAUUCCGGGCAUUCCUGCGCACAGAAUACAGUGAAGAGAACAUGCUCUUCUGGCUGGCUUGUGAGGAGUUGAAAGCAGAGGCCAACCAACAUGUGGUGGAUGAGAAGGCGCGACUUAUCUAUGAGGACUACGUGUCCAUCCUGUCCCCCAAGGAGGUAAGCCUGGACUCCCGUGUGCGAGAAGGCAUCAAUAGGAAGAUGCAAGAGCCAUCGCCACACACAUUUGAUGAUGCACAGCUGCAGAUCUACACCCUCAUGCACCGGGACUCGUACCCUCGCUUCCUUACCUCCCCCACCUACCGCUCUCUAUUACUCCAGGGAGCCCCACAGUCCUCUGAGGCCUAGGUCAUUUGUCACACAGAUGUUCUACUCCCAUGGGCAGCCUAGGGGCUGGCCCUGUCCAACUUGGCUGGAAAUAGAUUCAGUCCCAGUGGCAACUGCAGGGUUCUACUCUGUCCUACCCUGCUCCUACUGCCCAGGAAAUGUUCUCAUGGAGAACACCCUUUAUGCCCACAGGUUUAUAGCAGGAGAACUGUUACUCCCUGAGAACCAGAUGUAGGACCUCAGAGUCAGACUCAUAUGAAGAGCCCAUUUAUAUUUUAUAUAUCAAUUAACUUUAAAGUUGGAAAUAUGUCCUUACUGUAUUAUCAAAAAAAGAGAGACCUUUCACAUUCAUGUGUACUCCUCUACAUUCCAAAGACAUGAAAUUGUAUUCUGUAUUUUUAAAAAACAGAAGCCUCUGUUUAUCCCACAACUGGGGUAGGAGGCUGAAGAAAAGGAUCACCUACCAAACCUACAGUGUGCAGACUCUACAGUGUGCCACAGGUACUACUGCAGGCCCUGCUCAAGGUAUGGCUCUAGGAACCAGCCUCAACUCUACAGUGUGUCAGCAUCCAACAAAGGCUUGAGAUGCAAGUAAAGAUUGUGGGAGCAAAGCUGUUGUUAUGGUCUUUCCAAAGAAGCUAGUCACAGUGUCAUCUUAAUCUUACUGGUCCAAUAAAACCAAAGCUCCUACUACUUUGUUCUUCCAAGUUGCUAGAAGCUUCAGCAAUUUGAAGCUAGAACUGACCUCAGCUCAGAGACCAUCGUCCCCCAUGA